AUGAGCAACUCAGCACAUUCUGUCGUUAUUACUGGCGCAGGCCCCGUCGGACUUUUCACUGCGCUGCUCCUUGCGAAAUCGGGCAUCAAGGUCUCAGUCUACGAGACGAGAAGUGGGAUUGAAACGUCUCCCAGAGCUGUGGCGUAUUUCCCUGCAGUGCUGGAGGAGUUUUCCAAAGUUGGAGCGCUUGAAGCCGUCGUCACAGCUGAAGAGAAGAACAAUGAGGGUUGCGACUGGAGGGAUAAGGAUGGAAACAUCAUUUAUGGACUUGAGCCGCCCAGGGAUGAUUCCCACUUUGUUGUCAUGCUAUCUCAGCCCGAACUUUGCCAAGUAAUUUUGGAAGCCAUCGAGGCAACUGGGAAUGCUCGGGUCCAUUUUAGGCAUACGUUCCAACGCCUGCAGAAAGAUGGCGGCCGAAGCACCAUUAGGCGCAGUCUAGGCGUCCAACUCGAAGGCCACACCUGGGAAGAUAUGCUGUUCGUCGCUGUCAACUUUCAGUACCACCUUGAAAACCAUGGGUGGAAGGGUGCGAAUUCCAUCAUCGACCCUGAGGAAUGGUGUAUCAUUGUCAAGCGAGGCAAAGGGUCGAGCUGGCGGAUGGCGACCGGGAUCAGGAAGGAUUCAACCAGCAAGGUUAAUACUCUGGAUGAAGCCACCAUCAAACGGAUCAAGGACAGACUAGCUCAUCUACUCCCUGGAGACACAAGCAAAAUCGAAUAUGAGGCGAUGGCACCCUAUAUUGUCCAUCAGCGAUGCGCUACUAAAUUCGUGCAGGGAAUUGUCAUCCUGGCUAGAGACGCCGCUCACACAUUGUUGAACAAUCCUGUCGGUGGCCUUGGUUUGACCACCGGUCUUCUUGAUGCUGCACACCUCAGCGUAUCCCUACGCCGGAUCCUAAACGAGGGUGCCAGCACGGAAUUGCUUGAUGUUUACAACAACGCCAGACGGAGAGUCUUCCGUGAACGCACGGAUCCAAUUUCGACGGCGAACCUUUUGAGACUGAUGUCUGACAAGCCGGAAGAUAACAAGAAAAGGGCAGAGUUCUUCAAAAGGCUUCAUGACCCGAAUGACUUUAGCUUCAAGCUUCAAGGCGGUCUCCCGGACUUUACCUUGACGACCACCUCCAACACCAAGUUUGACACAUAUCAUGAGGUAACUUGGUUUAUUUCUGUCACAAGGAUCGAGGACUGGACCAUUGAAGAGUUCAAGCAUGAGUACAAAACUGUCCAUGCUGGAAUGACGAAAAAAGGAAAAGAGCAAGGCUCUCCGUUGCGUCGUUACAUACGGCUGUCGAAUUCCAACUUGACGAUGCCAGAUGCACACCAACCUCACUGGGACUAUGUAACGUGCCUUACCUUUCCCAGCCUAUUCGUAACCCAUGCUGGAUUCCAGGAUCCUGGAUAUCGAGCCAGGGCCGGUGCACACAUCUUUUGCCGGCUAGACCAGCAAGGCUGUCUCGCUAAACAAGUGACCAAGUACUCCAAGAGCAUACAUGAUCAAGAUUAUCAGAACUAUGUCAUUCGUGCCUUGGUAUUCCAUGAUAGACGAGCUGAUAUCGACGAGUAUUCCCGGGAGUGGCUCGCCAAACGGGGUAAGAGCCAGUCCAAAAUCGCCGCGGCUGACGAGAAUGUCUUGAGAUAUAUUCUUUGGGAAGACCACACACCGAAGAAUUCGGACGCCUUCUUCGCCAACACUUAG